AUGACUUUUGGACCCGUCCUAUUGUCAGAGAUCUAUAACUUCACUCUCACCGAUGUUCUAACUAAGUUGGGGAACGGCCAAUCCGCGAGCUUUUGGUUCGACCCAUGGACACCUUUGGGUCAGUUAAUCAACUAUAUUGGUUCGAAUGGUCCGAGAGCCCUCCGUAUCAGGGUAAAUGCGGUGGUGGCUGAUGCGAUUAGAGAUUCCACAUGGUCCCUGCCUCACCCAAGAUCGCAACAGGAAGUUGAUCUUCAUUCUCAUCUCACUACUCUUUCUUUGCCUUUAUCUCAUGAUACAAUUGAUGCUUGUGAAUGGAUUGCUGGUGAUCAUUCUUUGACUGUUUUCAGCUCUGCCACCACAUGGGAUGUUCUUAGACCGAGGCAGCAGACAAAAGAUUGGGUGGACGUGGUCUGGUUCAAGGGGACGGUACCGAAGCUCGCUUUCACGAUGUGGAUAGCGAACUAUGACAGACUUCCAACAAUGGCGCGUCUCGCAGCUUGGGGACUUCCGGUUUCUCCUACCUGUGCGUUCUGCUCCAGAUUUGAUGAAACAAGAGACCAUCUAAUGCUGUCUUGCGAUUACAGCCAGGACGUUUGGACAGAGGUGCUUCUUAGAUGUAACCCGUCUUCAACAACAUUCACAAUGUUCACAAAUUGGCAGGAGCUCAUGUCUUGGAUACGAGAGCCACUGUCUAAAAGUCUAAAGCUACUUAGGAAACUGGCUGUACAACUUGUUAUCUUCCACCUGUGGAAACAAAGGAACAACCUAAAGCAUAAUCAGAUAUCUCUCCCUGCAGCUCUAAUCUUCAGUGGCAUUGAUAAGGAGAUGAGAAACAUUAUUUCGGCUAACAGGGUUAGAAAGGCUUUCAGUUUGCUUAUGGCCAAGUGGCUAAGAUAA